CUAACGUGUGCCUGCCUGCCUGCUUUCCUACCCCUUUCUUUCAUGAUCUCUCUCUGUUUGUUCCUUAGGGAGAGCAUCUGGGGAGUACCUUGGUGACCACUGAGAAGAUGAUGAGCUCAAACUAUUGGAGUGAGAUGAGCAGCAGCAGCUGUGGGACUCAGCAAUCCCCAGAAGUGCUGCAGUGCCAGCCCCAGCAUUACCGCUGCUACCAUCAGUCAAGACAAGCCCAGCAGCCUCCAGAAAAAAAUGUAGUGUAUGAGCGAGUGAGGACCUACAGUGGGCCCAUGAACAAGGUGGUUGAGGCCUUGGACCCCAUCGGCUCACGGGAAGUGUGCUCCCCUCUCAAAACUGCCUCCUCCUACCAAAGCUUGCUUUGGAGCGACCGUUCCCAGGAACUUCAUUCUACAACUCUGAAAAUAUCUACUUGUGCCCCAAGCACUGUACAUAUAACCCCAAAUAUUGAACAGGAACUCCAUUCUCCAACAGUGAAAGUCACUACAUAUCCGCAGACCACUAUUAGGCAAUAUGUAGUGCAAAAUCCUGAACAGGAACCACUGUCGCCAUUCCUAAGAGGAGGCCAUUUCUUUCCAGGAAAUAAUGUCAUUUAUGAAAAAACCAUAAGAAAAGUGGAGAAGCUAAAUACGGAUCCGGUGAUAAUUCAGGAUGAUGGCCCUGAAAAAUUGGACCCCAAGUAUUUUGGAGAGUUGCUUGCUGAUCUAUGCCGUAAAAAUACAAAUCUAUAUCACUGCUUAUUAGAACAUUUGCAGAGAAUUGGAGGAAGCAAACAGGACUUUGAGUCUACAGAUGAGUCAGAAGACACUGAAUCGUUGAUUCCUAAAGGAUUGUCAGAAUUUACAAAACAGCAAAUUCGCUAUAUUCUGCAGAUGAGGGGUAUGUCUGAUAAAUCACUCCGGCUAGUGCUGUCCACAUUCAGCAACAUACGGGAGGAGCUUGGAAAUCUUCAGAAUGACUUGACAUCACUGGAAAAUGACAAGAUAAGACUUGAGAAAGACUUGGCAUUCAAAGAAACUCAAAUAAAAGAGUAUGAAGAACUCUUAGCAUCAGUGAGAGCAAAUAAUCGCCAGCAGCAGCAAGGACUUCAAGACUCAACCUCAAAAUGCCAAGCAUUGGAAGAAAACAACCUUUCUCUUCGGCAUACACUAUCAGACAUAGAAUAUAAACUAAAAGAACUGGAAUACUGUAAGCGUAAUUUAGAGCAAGAGAAUAAAAAUCUUAGAGUGAAGCUCUCAGAGACUUGCACAGGCCCGAUGCUGCAGGCUAAAAUGGCUGAGAUUGGCAACCAUUGCAUGGAGAUGGUAAAAAGCUUAAGAAUGGAGAAAGAUAGAGAGAUCUGCAAACUAAGGACUCAAUUAAAUCAGUACCAAAAAGAUGUUUCAAGAAGAGAAGGAAGUUGCAGUGACUUCCAAUUCAAGAUUCAUGAACUGACAAGCUUGCUGGAAGAGAAGGAUUCCCUUAUAAAGCAUCAAUCGGAGGAACUCUCGAAGUUGAGACAAGAAAUAUAUUCAUCUCAUAACCAACCCUCCAGUGGUGGAAGGACAACUAUUACCACUAGAAAAGCUCCUGGGAUUCUGCUUUGGAGUUGGCCCCACCUCUGCAUGUACAGGUCACAAUAUCCUAUCUUAGGCCUCCUGUAUGAUGACUAUGAAUAUAUACCACCAGGUAGUGACACACAGACUAUUGUGAUUGAGAAAAUAGAAGACAAAUGGACUUGUCCGUGAAUGAAUCUCCAACUCAAAGGAAAUUUUUUUGUCUUCAUUAGUACUUUGUUAUUUUUCCAUAACUAAAGCCAAUCAAUAUUUUGAACCAAGCUACUACCCAGGAAGUCUAAUGGAAUUAAUUAGAUAUACAGAUGAGAGUUUCUCCAACCAUUUAUAAGGCCUGAAUCCUUUCUAUCACAUUUUUGUAUUCAGUAUAGCAACACACCACUUUUUUUUUAACAUCUUUAUUGGAGUAUAAUUGCUUUACAAGGGACACCACUUUUAAAACUCAAUUACAGGCACUGUAGGACUUAAUCCACUAUUUUUCAAUAGGGUGCUUCCUAGACACUGAAUUAACUUUGUUGGGGUAGAGAUUUUACAAGUUAUUCCAUUAGAAGAUUUUUCUAUGAUAUUAGAUGUGCAAUUUAGCUACAAGAGUAAAUACUGUGUUUUAACAACAACAAAAAGCAAUACUAUUGAAUUAAAAACAACAGUUUAGUGCAUGGUAUAUACAGCAUAUAUUUGCUUUUCUCACAUUAGACUUUGUGAAUAAAAGAGGUGAUUUAUUACAUGCUAUUCAUACCUCUUGGAGACAGAACUAAAUCAAAGGUGAUGAUUAAUUUCAUUUAGCAGGGAAGUGGGAAGCAUAUUUUUUAAAAUACCUAAAUCCACUAAAUUGUACAUUAUGCUAUUAUGGUUCUAAGUACAUAUCAGUAGCUUGGCAAAUCUGUUCUUUUGAAGCAUAUCAUCCCCAAAUGAGCCCACCCACUUCCUUAAAAACCUGUAACACUGGGCUUCCCUGGUGGUGCAGUGGUUGAGAGUCCGCCUGCCAAUACAGGGGACACGGGUUCAUGCCCUGGUCCGGGAAGAUCCCACAUGCCGCAGAGCGGCUGGGCCCAUGAGCCAUGGCCGUUGAGCCUGCGCAUCCAGAGCCUGUGCUCCGCAACAGGAGAGGCCAGAACAGUGAGAGGCCCACAUACCGCAAAAAGACAGACAAACAAACAAAAAACCUGUAACACUACUAUUAUAGUAACUGGUGGAAGGAAGGUGGGCUUUUUUUUUUAUAGCAGUAGACAAAACAACAUUGAAAUACUGUGUAAAAGCUUAAGGAAUAAAAAUAACGAAAACAAAUACUUGAUAUGUGUAUUCUACUUGGGAGAGACUUUAUAGUAGAAUAUUUAAUGUACUUAGAAGUUGGUUGAUUAAUUGGGUUCUAAUGACCUUACUAAAAGUGAACUAAAGUAUUUUCUAAAUACAGUAGUAGAUAAGAAUAAAUUUUUAAAAUGUCAAGGCCUUUGGUUAAAGUUAAGAAUUAGCAAAAAUUAAACUGUUUGCAUUUGACAAAGUAUAGAUUAAGAUAACAAAUAAAUUUGGGUUUAAAUGUGAAUGAGAUUUUGCACUGAAAUGUCUCUGCAAGUAACUAUAUAGAAUUCUGUCAUUCCUUAUAAUUAUAUUCUAAUAAUUAUCCAUUAUAUUAAGAAACUGUUAAGAUAGCAACAUAUAAGGCACUACAUGAAAUCAAACCACAAAUGAAGAGAGAAAAUGCUUUUAAUACUUAUGUAAAUAUCCAAAUAAGUUUUGAUAUGAAGCUAAAAGCCUUAUUUUAUUUUAAUACCUCAACUAAAAUGUUAAGCUUGAGAACAUCCUGGCGGUCCAGUGGUUAAGACUCUGCCCUUCCACUGCAGGGGGCAAGGGUUUGAUCCCUGGUUGGGGAACUAAUAUCUUCCAUGCCGUGCAGUGUGGCCAAAAAAAGAAAAUAUAUUAAAAAAUAUUAAAUGUUAAGCUCUAUAAUGUGGAUUGAUACAAUUCCAGUCUUAUUAGUUAUUUUGUGAUAGAAAAUGUUAAUAUUCUUUAUGAGCUAUGUAGUCCUUACAUUUUUUCCCUUGGUGUAAGAACAGGGUAGUUUCUCCUCUGCUAACUACUCAUAUGUGUAACUGUAAUUAUGCCAUGUUAUCUACCCAUUGCAUAUAAGUGAAAGUUUUUAGUAGCUUGAUAGAAAAGUGCCACCAUAACUGUCUGAAAAUUAGAACAAGUGUGAUUUUCCUAAAAUACUCUUAAAUAAAAAUAAGUGUCCAAAAUUUGGGAUAGUUAAGAAGUCAGCACUUCAUUGGCUCACUUGAUCCAUGCAUAGUGAGAAAUGCGGGUCAUAACAAGGUGCUUAUUAUACUUAACAAAGUUAAAUGUAUGUAUUUCUUUUCCAAUUUUUGAUUAAGCUCAAUAGAAAUACUAGUGAUUUUUUCCUCUCACAAGUUUCGCACAGCUUAUCUCUGAAAAUUGCAAAGAUAUUGUUGGAUGAGGAAUGCCUGUUUAUCUAAUUUCUAUUCCCAGCAUAUUUUGCUUUAGAUGUUGAAUAAAAUGGAGACUGUGCAAUGACAUGCAAAGUAAUUUGUUUAAGUGUGUAAAUAAAAUAUAUAU